AUGACAGAAGAUACUCAAUUAAUGAACAUCAUAUCAACCACACCACAAGCACCCAUUUUAAUUUUUCAUACAAUGGCAUGGCCUUUUUCCAGUUAUACCUUUCCAGAAGCCUCAAAUUUGUUUAACCUUAAAGUAAACAGCAUGGGAGAAUGUCCAGUUUAUCAUCAAGGGAUGGCAGAUUUGGUUGGCAUGGAUCGUUACAUUAAUGAAACUGUUUGGGACCUUAUGUGUUUACACAGAGCAUAUGGUGAUGUUUCUGGAACAAACAAAGCACUAUAUUCCGUUUUUAUAAGAGCUGUUCUUGUUGGAAUCAUCCACACCUAUAACCCUGCAGACAAUUAUUUACUUCUUGAACAAAAGGUAAUUAUGGGAAGUUAUGGAAUGAGGCCUGUUGAUUUUGCAAUCAAAAAAGGAAACCAGUUUAUUGGUAUAACAGAGGCAAAAAAAGAAGCCAUUAGCAAGGGUUUUGCACAAAACCUGAUCCAGUUGCUUCUUAUAUGGUCAGAAAAUCAAAAAAGAAAAGAUAAUGAGGAAACUGAUGGGUUACAAGUUCUAUUUGGAAUUGAUUCCACAGGCUCUCAAUGGUUUUUUCAUCGUUUAAUUCAUGAACCUAAUAAAAAAUAUCCAAUCGUUCAGAGAAGUUCUCUUUCACCCAUCAAUCUAUCUGUAAUUGGUCAUGAAUUUGAUAAAAAAAGGUAA